GUCUGACAACAUGCCUCCAUUUCUGUCUCUCCCAACUGCCUGCCUUCUCCUCUUCUCCACAGUGUCCCCGUCCAUCCCUCUUCAGGAAGUCCAUGUGAGCAGGGAGACCAUUGGGAAGAUUGCAGUGGCCAGCAAACUGAUGUGGUGCUCUGAGGCAGCUGACAUCCUGUUUCUGUUAGACGGCUCUCACAGCAUCGGGAAAGGGAGCUUCGAGAGGUCCAAGCGCUUUGCCGUCGCUGUCUGUGAUGCUCUGGACAUCAGCCCUGGGAGGGUCAGAGUGGGAGCCUUGCAGUUUGGCUCCACUCCUCAUCUGGAAUUCCCGUUGGACUCCUUUUCAACCCGACAGGAAGUGAAGGCAAACAUCAAGAGGAUAGUUUUCAAAGGUGGACGCACAGAGACAGGCCUUGCUCUGAAACGCCUGCGCAGAGGGUUCCCCGGAGGCAGAGACGGUGAGGUGCCCCAGCUUCUUAUCAUCAUCACAGACGGCAAGUCCCAGGGGCCCGUGGCUCUACCGGCUAAGCAGCUGAGAGAAAGCGGCAUCAUUGUGUUUGCCGUUGGGGUCCGCUUCCCCAGGUGGGACGAGCUGCUCACACUGGCCAGUGAGCCAAAGCAGGAGCAUGUGCUGUUGGCUGAGCAAGUAGAGGAUGCCACCAACGGCCUGCUCAGCACCCUGAGCCGCUCAGCACUCUGCACCUCUGCUGAUCCAGACUGCAGGGUGGAGGCUCACCCUUGUGAGCGGAAGACAAUGGAGACCAUCAGGGAACUGGCUGGCAAUGUCCCGUGCUGGAGGGGAUCGAGGCAGGCUGACGGUGUGCUGGCUGUGCGCUGUCCCUUCUACAGCUGGAAGAGAGUGCUCCAGACACACCCUGCCACCUGCUACAGGACCAUCUGCCCAGGCCCCUGUGACUCCCAGCCCUGCCAAAAUGGAGGCACAUGCAUUCCAGAGGGUGUGGAUAGAUACCACUGCCUCUGCCCGCUGGCAUUUGGAGGGGAAGUCAACUGUGCCCCGAAGCUGAGCCUGGAAUGCAGGAUCGAUGCCCUCUUCCUGCUGGAUAGUUCUGCAGGCACCACUCGGGAGGGCUUCCGGCGGGCCAAGACCUUUGUGAAGCGCUUUGUGCAGGCCGUGCUGAGUGAGGACUCUCGGGCCCGUGUUGGGGUGGCCAGUUAUAGCAGGGAUCUGAAGGUGGCCGUGCCUGUCGGGGAGUACCAGGAUGUGCCUGACUUGGUCAGGAGCCUUGACAGCAUUCCCUUCAGUGGUGGCCCAACCUUGACGGGCGGUGCCUUGCUACAGGCAACAGAGCAUGGCUUUGGGAGUGCCAGCAGGACAGGCCAGGACAGGCCUCUAAGAGCGGUGGUUCUGCUCACUGAAUCUCACUCCCAGGAUGAGGUGGCUGGGCCAGCAGAUCAUGCAAGGUCUCGGGAGCUGUUACUCCUGGGUGUGGGCAGUGAGAUCGUGCAGGCGGAACUAGAGGUCAUCACAGGUAGCCAGAAGAAUGUGAUGGUCUACACGGACCCUCAGGACCUCCUCAGCCAAAUCCCGGAGCUGCAGAGGAGGCUGUGCAGCCAGCCACGCCCAGGCUGCCAAGCACAGUCACUGGACCUGCUGUUCCUGCUGGACGCCUCCGCCUCGGUGGGACCGGAGAACUUUGCUCGGAUGCAGACCUUCGUCAGGAAGUGCACCCUCCGCUUUGAUGUGAACCCUGAUGUGACGCAGGUUGGCCUGGUGGUAUAUGGCAGCCAGGUGCAGACAGCCUUCGGGCUGGACAGCCACCCCACCCGUGCUGCUGUGCUGCGGGCCAUGAGCCAGGCCCCCUACCUAGGGGGUGUGGGCUCUGCUGGCACAGCCUUGCUGCACGUUGGUGACAAGGGGAUGACUGUGCAGAGGGGUGCCCGCCCUGGCGUCCCCAAGGCUGUGGUGAUGCUCACAGGAGGGAGCGGGGCAGAAGAUGCAGCCGCCCCCGCCCAGAAGCUGAGAGACAAUGGCAUCUCAGUCUUGGUUGUGAGCGUGGGGGCUGUCCUCAGAGAGACAGUGCGGAGGCUCGCUGGCCCCCGCGAUGCCCUGAUCCACGUGGCGGCUUACACGGACCUUCGGUACCACCUGGAUGUGCUCGUCGAGUGGAUAUGUAGAGAAGCCAAGCGGCCGGUGGACCUCUGCAAACCCAGCCCAUGCAUGAAUGAAGGCGUCUGUGUCCUGAAGCAUGGCAGUUACCGCUGUGAAUGCCACAGUGGCUGGGGAGGCCCCCACUGCGAGAACCGCAUCUUGAGAGGGGAUGCACUCACAGCACGUGGCUCCCAUCAGGAGCCUGCAGGAAGACAGCAGCCAAGCCCCUCCCCGCAAGCUCCUGGGCAUCUCAGAAUCUGAAAGGCACUGUCUGUGGCCUGGUGCAGCUCCUGGGGGUCCUGGAGAGUCUGCUUCCAGCCCUAA